CAUCCUUCCCACCCACCGCUAGCAAACGAACACGCACGCACAAGCAAUCGUUCUUAGUCCCUCCUCGUGACGUUGUCUUGGUAUUCUCGUGUGUCCAUUUCUUAAUAACGGGUCGCGUUAUUGUGUGUGUGCUUUCGUCGAACGUCCGUCAACGCGUCACACGGUCCUUACCAACUGCCGCCCGACAUCCAUCGCCGUUGUCGUCGUUCAGUGGUGUUCCAAGAGACAGAGUAUACAUCACAGUAGACGCGAACAUACGCAUGUCAAUCCAGAACCUCAACGUAUUUGACCCGUUUGCGGAUGCAAUCAAGGGUGCAGAUGAUGACGUUCAAGACGGGCUUGUUCACAUAAGAAUUCAACAGCGUAAUGGUCGUAAAACAUUAACAACGGUUCAAGGUCUGUCAUCAGAGUAUGACUUAAAGAAGAUUGUACGUGCCUGCAAAAAGGAGUUUGCUUGCAACGGUACAGUAGUCGAACAUCCUGAAUACGGUGAAGUGUUACAAUUGCAAGGUGACCAACGAGAAAACAUUUGCCAGUGGCUAACUAAGUGUGGUCUUGCCAAAUCUGAUCAACUCAAGGUUCACGGUUUCUAAAAGAAACAACUGAAUAUGUUGCAAAACACCACCGAUUACUAUACCUCAAUUCAGUCAGACAAAUUGCGAUAAAAUAAAAAUUUUAAAUUAAAUUUAUUAAUAUGCUUUAAUAAAUAUAAUGUUCAAUACUAGUGGUUUUUCCAAUCAAAUAUUUUUAAUUUAAUUUUCAACUGUGUAGAUUUUAAUUAGCUUUAUAGCUAUGUAUAUCAACGCUACAGAUAUAUUUAGAGAAAAAUUUCAUAUGGUUCCAAUAAUUAAGUGUAAAAGAAAAUAAGUAAAUUCUGUAUUAUAAUUUGUUCAACGCUCGUGAUGUAAUGGUGUUCUAAAGUUCAUUAAAUAUAUGGUGUUUUUCUUUGUGUUCAUA